AUGAGGUGCGAAACGAUACAGGGUACCAAGGAAUUAGAUUUGUGGGGUGAAUUAAGGGAUUUAUACUGGUCUUUCUACAUUGAAAACAAACUUGAUCAAGUUAAGUUUGAAACGUUUGUUCGGAAUGUCAAGGAAAAUGGUGAUGACGAUUUAAUACGUGCUUUAGUUGCUUUUGAUAAUAAACGGAAGAAAUGUGAAUUCAAUGACAGGUUUGAGUGGCUGACACUGAAGGUAAAUGGCAGAAAAUAUCCCCCAAUAGAUGUUCAAGACGCGGGGUUGCUGUGCUGGAAUGACCCCGCUGAGUUUAAAUAUACGCCUGCACAAUUAUCAUCUUAUGGCUUUCUUGCAGCUCCAGUAGAUGAUGAUGUUGAUGUAGUUCGGCAACAUCCUAUGAUCGAGAAUUGUUCUAUGGUGUGCUCAUUGAUUAAUGCUAAACGUGUAUGCGGCUAUGCAUCUAUGGUCCGGUGUAGCUGUAAUGUGCAACAAGUCAAUUUAUAUUUCAAUGGGGCAAAACGUUUGAUUUCUAUCCCGUAUGCACAGGUUCGACAGGAUAGUACGAAGAAGCAAUUGAGUGUUAUAUCCUCCGAUUUUCGAGAUAAACUUAUAGAACAAGCAUAUUUUGAAGUUAUGCAGAACUUCAAUUAUGAUUCCCAGGGAUCGAACACCGCUAUAGACACUUACAGGCUUAUUGGAUGGAUGCCGCUAGUUGUAGAGCUAGAUGAAGUUGAUUUUGAAUAUGUUCGUAAUUACUAUGAAGGUGGUGCUGUCAUUUCGUUGGGGACCCAUUCUCAUUGCAAUGCUUCUAAUACGGUAUUACGUAAGAAUCAUGAUUAUGUUGUUACUAGUAUUCAUGAGAUGAAUUUCUCCAUCUGUGAUCCUCUUAUAUCUGAAAAACCGAUUGUUCUUUCAUGGGAUGCUGUUCAAAGCAUGUUUCAUUUGAUCUAUAUUAAUUGGGAUCCCAGAAACUUUUAUAAAAUUUACAAGAAGCUUCACUUUAGAUACAAUUGUGAUACACAUGGUCGUUUCAAUUCGUGGCUGAAUAAACCUGCCUUUGAUAUUUCUAAUCAAUCCAAAACAGAUCAGAAAGUGUACAUUGUGUUUGAAAAUCAUGUUUCAAAUGAGAAAAAUGUUAGCUCGGUCGUUGCUGUUGUGUCUACUUUAAAGCUGAUAACUGAAUGCGAAAGAGGUAAUAACAUUGGGUUCCAAUGGCUCGAAUUUACCAUCCCUGCACAAUGCUCAAGGAUUGUUUUUUACCAUUCCGAAACAACCCUGAAUUGCACUCUGCAUAUGUUUCAUAACUCCGAAGCUACCAAAGUGUCCAAGUGGAACCCUGAAAUGAGUGAAAAUUUAGCGAUUAUUGAAGAUAGCUGGACUCCUGAAUCUAGCCCAGGUUCUAUUGGGUUUAGUCCAACUUAUUUUAAGAAUCCUGCAUUUCAAUUUGAUGUAAAGUGCACAGAAUCAGACCAUUUAUAUGUAAAUAUCAACGUUUCCUGGAACUCUAAGAACCAUGUCAUCUUAGAGGUAUACCAUGCCGAUGACUAUCGUUACCAAAAACCAAUAAUAAAUGAACCGAGAUAUUCCUUACCACCAAGUUGCUGCAAUGAGGUGCUCAUAGAUACGAACACUAAGUACGUGGUGAUAUGCCAAACAAGUGAAAAGUCUAUACAUGCAAAUAUGCAACUCGCGAUUAAAGCACAAAAUAAAAAUGCUAUCGUCUCUCUUAAAAGAACCACACUCAAAUAUGGUGGGUUACGAUUUCACAACAAAAAGGAACUCUUUCCUAUUGGAAAUCAUUUGAAAGUCCCUAUAAUUGUUUCAAGACCAACAUCACUCCAUGUAACAGUCUAUUCAACUACUGGGCCUUUAAAAAUUCAAUGUAAUGUAUCUGUAGAUGAAUCACAGGAGCUGCUGGUGCAAGAUGAAGGUUUUAUCAGCCUUGAUAACAGGCCUUAUAUUUUACCAAAGUUUCGGGCAAAACCAUCCACACUUAUGCUACACAUUUAUAUGGAAAAUAGCCACGGCAAUAAGGCCUUGACGGUGGAAAUUGGUUCUGAUUUUAGGAUAUCUUUGUAG